CAUUUCUUGAAUAAAACAAGAUUACUCGACACAUCAAGAACUUUCUCUAAGCACUUUAAUUGCAUAGAGAAAGAAAAGUGUUUAAAAAAAGUUCAAAAAAUACAGACAAAAAUGAAAUCUUGGAUUUGCCUUUUCAUCCUAUUGGCAAUUUGCCUUUUUCCUCUUGUUGUUGAAUGUAGAGUUCGACAUUACAAGUUCAAUGUGGUACUGAAGAAGGAGACUAGGCUUUGUUCCUCAAAGUCCAUUGUUACUGUGAAUGGAAAAUUUCCAGGACCAACAAUCUAUGCUAGGGAAGGAGACAAUGUACUUAUCAAAGUUGUUAAUCAUGUUAAGUAUAAUGUCUCUAUCCAUUGGCAUGGUAUUAGACAACUUAGAACAGGUUGGGCAGAUGGACCAGCAUAUAUUACACAAUGUCCAAUUCAGCCAGGGCAAAACUAUGUCUACAAUUUCACCAUCACAGGCCAAAGGGGCACACUAUUUUGGCAUGCUCAUAUUUUGUGGCUAAGGGCCACUGUUCAUGGUGCACUUGUCAUCUUGCCUAAACUUGGAGUUCCGUAUCCAUUCCCAAAACCCAACCAUGAAGCUGUUGUGAUCCUAGCUGAAUGGUGGAAAUCUGAUACUGAAGCUGUGAUUAAUGAAGCCAUAAAAUCAGGAUUGGCACCUAAUGUUUCUGAUGCUCACACUAUCAAUGGUCAUCCUGGACCUAUUUCAAAUUGUACUUCACAAGGUGGAUUCAAGUUGAAUGUUGAUCCAGGAAAAACAUAUAUGUUACGAGUCAUCAACGCCGCACUCAAUGAAGAACUCUUCUUCAAAAUUGCAGGACACAAACUGACAGUAGUUGAAGUCGAUGCCACCUAUGUUAAGCCUUUCCAGACGGAUACAAUUGUAAUUGCCCCUGGCCAAACGACCAACGUAAUUGUCACUGCCAAUAAAAAUUCUGGCAAGUACAUGGUUGCUGCUUCACCAUUUAUGGAUGCACCAAUUGCUGUUGACAAUGUUACAGCCACAGCAACUUUACAUUACUCUGGCACACUUGACAAUAACCCCACUACUACACUUACUACAAGUACACCCCCAAAAAAUGCCACCCCUGUAGCAAACAGUUUUCUUGAUUCUUUAAGAAGCCUGAAUUCCCAAAAAUACCCCGCUAAUGUUCCACAAAAAAUUGAUCACUCCUUGUUUUUUACAGUAGGUCUAGGGGUUAACCCAUGCCCAACUUGCAAACAAGGCAAUGGAAGCAGAGUUGUGGCUAGUAUAAACAAUGUUACAUUUGUUAUGCCAACAAUUGCACUUCUACAAGCACACUUCUCUGGGAUUAAAGGAGUUUUCACAACGGAUUUUCCAGCAAACCCUCCGUUUGCAUUCAACUAUACAAACACAACACCACCCGCGAAUAUGGGCACGACCAAUGGGACUAAGGUUUAUAGGCUGUCUUAUAAUGACACAGUCCAAAUAGUUUUGCAGGAUACUGGAAUUAUAGCCCCUGAGAAUCAUCCAAUUCAUUUGCAUGGGUUCAAUUUCUUUCAAGUUGGUAAGGGUAUAGGAAAUUAUAAUCCAAAAACAGAUCCUAAGAAUUUUAAUCUUGUCGAUCCUGUUGAGAGGAAUACAGUUAGUGUUCCUUCUGGAGGAUGGGUUGCUAUACGAUUCCACGCUGACAAUCCAGGAGUUUGGUUUAUGCAUUGCCAUCUAGAGAUACAUACAACAUGGGGAUUGAAAAUGGCAUUCCUUGUAGAUAAUGGGAAAGGUCCAAAUGAGUCACUUUUGCCACCUCCAAAGGAUCUUCCAAAAUGCUAAAGUGCAAGAAGCCCUUUCCAAAGGAGUAAAGUUUGCAUAUACAAAUUUUCAUAAGAAGAAAGUGUAGGAAAAAACAGGGGAAAAAGGUGCACUAGGAGAAACAAAGAAGAAAUGAGAGACAAUAAGACCAUGGUAUUCAUUUGAGUGAAAGAGGAAAACCAUUUUUUCUCAAGCAAUUCUUAAUAAUUAUGUGAGUGUUAAUCAAUGUAUUAAUUUUUUUUUUUUGGUGAUUGAUAAUGAAAGUUUGAAGAGCUUGUUUUA